AUGACCAACUUUGUUCCGGCUGAUAACAUUGGUCGCGUUGCGAAGUUAACUCCACCUAUCACUGGUCGUCGAAGACACUCUUCAGUGGGAAAAUUCGAUUUGGGUGACACCUCGGUAAGAGCGCUCCACUCAAUUCCUUCACGGAAGGCAAGGUAUGCCCAAGCUGAAGAUCUCAAUAGGGUAACCUCAAAAGACGCCACUGAUCAGGACGUUCUUCAAAAAUUGUGGAUCUCACUCAAAAUACUCAUCGUAAGACACACGUGGGUUCCUCCUUUGGUUGUCCUCAUCGUGACUAGGACGGUAUACAUUCUCUCGAAUAAUUACACGGCCUCAAACCCUCUCCACGCAUUUUUUGGUCUGUCAUAUCAAAUUCCUGGAACAAACCCUCCGAUGUACGGCAAGGGAUGGAAGGAUUUCUUGUUUGUUUUCCACAUGAUGAUCUUCUUCACCUUCUUCAGGGAGUUUGUCAUGCAGGUUAUUUUGAAACCAUUGGCUGAGUACUUUGGUCUGCAAAAACGCGGCAAAAAGCAAAGAUUCAUGGAACAGACUUACUCUGUUGUCUAUUACGCCAUCACCGGUCCUUUGGGUCUCUAUAUCAUGUAUCACACUCCUAUGUGGUUUUUCAAUACUUCCGAGUUCUACAGAGAUUACCCACAUAAAACCCACGAGUACCUUUUCAAGUUGUACUAUUUGGGUCAGGCAGGAUUCUGGGCUCAACAAUCUGUUGUUCUUACACUUCAGUUGGAAAAGCCAAGAAAGGACUUCAAAGAAUUGGUCUUCCAUCAUAUUGUUACCAUGCUCUUAAUUGGCUUAUCAUACAGAUUUCACUUUACUUGGAUGGGUCUUGCUGUCUAUAUUACGAUGGAUAUUUCUGACUUCUUCUUGGCUGUUUCUAAGACCCUGAAUUAUUUGAAUUCACCUCUUAUCACUCCUUUCUUCUUCAGUUUCGUCGUUGUUUGGUUCUAUGCCAGACAUUACCUUAACAUUAAAAUCUUAUGGUCUGUUCUCACCGAGUUCCGUACCGUUGGUCCUUACAAAUUGAGUUUCCCGGAUCAGCAGUAUAAAUGCUGGAUUUCUCAGCCAAUCGUUUUUGUCCUUAUCUUUGCCUUACAGCUAGUCAACAUCUAUUGGUUUGCCAUGGUCUUGAGAAUUGCAUACAGAUACAUAUUCCUCAACAUCAGGAAGGAUGAAAGAUCUGAUGAUGAAAGUACCGAAGAAGAAGAGGACAAAGAGGAUGCAAGAGAGAGAACUGCCAAUCAAGUCUCUCAGAAGAAGGUUAACUAA